GUCCUGUGAUGUCUCAUCUCUCAGCAGGAUCUUCGACUUAAAAAUAUCAAAUGUCGUGAGCACUUAUGGUUACACCAAGUAACCAUGUAGCGACACCAUAUAACGGUCACCUGUAAUAUUUUCUCCUGUUCUGUUGGAAAUUCCUGCUGGGGAAGUUUAAAGUCCUGUAUUUCCCAAGUCUGGGUUUAAUGAGUAGCCUGAGUGUACUGAAGUCUGUGUUUAAUCAGCAGAGAGAAAGGAUUUCAUCACAUCCACUUGAACGAGCUGGUGUAGAAGAGAGUCGUGUAGAACGUCAGAGAUCUCGGCCGUUAAAGAUGUUGAGAACCGUGUUCCACUUGCUCGUCGUGUUUCUGGUGAUGUCGGUACCGGACAGUCUGCAGGACACGGAACCUCACGGAAGUUCUCAGGAUUUUUGCGGUGAGCUGAAGCAGCUCCGAGAGCUCGUGCAUCAGCAGGUAGCCGCUUUAGCCGAGAUCAAGGUGAAGACGGUGUACACGGAGAAAGAGAACGCAGCGCUGGAGGCCCGAAUGGUGAUUAACGAGAACGAGAUUGCGAGUCUGAAGAAGGAGAAAGCGACUCAGGCGAGCGAGCUGUCCGCCGUGAAGAGCCAACUGGAGAGCGUGAGGAAGCAAUACGCUGAGCGGCCGAAGGUGGCGUUCAGCGCCGGAUUACCUGCAGGACAGAAGGGACCGUUUAACACUGAAACCACUCUGAUCUACAGUAAAGUCCUCACCAACGUCGGAGGAGCUUAUAACCCAUACACAGGCGUGUUCACGGCUCCGGUUCGAGGCGUGUACUACAUCCGCUUUACGGCCGCCGCUUACAACAGUAACAACCACAACAUGGGUGUUCACCUGUACAAGAACAACGAGCACCUCAUGCACCUGGGCGAGUACGACAAAGACGGCACUGCCAGACACGUGUCCGGUGCUCUGGCGCUCGAACUGGAGGCCGGAGACAUCGUGUACCUCCGCCUCCUCACGAACUACGCCCUCUACGACGAUACGCUGCUCCGCAACACCUUCAGCGGCUUCCUCGUCUUCCCCUCCUAAUAAAAAAAUCUCCACUGCG